UCGCAGCACAGAGCACGUCACAUCGCAUCGCAUCUUUUUUUUUUCCCACUUUACGCUUCGUCCCACCGUUGCUCCAUCAGCUUUGCACCCUUUCCCUUCUUGUCUCCAUCAGUCAACCGGGGCGAAUCAACCACCGGAAAACAACUUCAACCACGAAGGAACAGAAGAAACAACAGUAGCGACGACAGAAACACAAUCGACACACGUAUUAUCAUUAAAGACAUGCUGAAGAAUACCAGCUACCAGAAGUCGUCCGCUGGUUCAACAGUGGGUACCCCGACCAUGCGACGCACAACCGUCUCUUCGCCCUCCAAUAACAGCACCCUCAAUAACUCUGAGGGCCUGUCUGCCUCGGAGAUUGCGCGCAAAAGACAGACACGAAAGGAUGAUGCUAUCCGCAAGAAGCUUGAUCAGGAACUCGGCAAGAAGAAUCCUUCGACUAGGGCCCAUGGCUCUACUCGGCCUGUCCAGGGCACGGUUGGGUCGCUUCGACCAUCGCCGGCUCUGACCCUGCCCGACACUGCUAUGGUUGUGGAUGCUGCAAGAAUCAUGGCCGCGAAGAGAGCGGAUGCUGUUCUUGUCAUCGAUGCACAGGAGCAGACACUUGUCGCAUUCCGUGUCGUCGCCGAGGGACUAGACAUCCAUACACCCAUCUCGCAAGUGAUGACAAAGAACCCUUACUGCGUCACAACGGAUACCAAUGCUACGGAGGCACUCAACAAGAUGGUGAACGGCGGAUUCCGUCAUUUGCCCUGCUUGAACUCUGAUGGCGAUGUGGUUGGAUUGUUGGACAUCACAAGAUGCUUGUAUGAGGCGCUUGAAAAGUUGGAGAAGGCUCACAAGUCGUCGAAGCAGCUGGCGGACGCACUUCAGGGCAUGCAAUCCGAAUGGGCACAGCCUGCCAACCCAGAAUUGCAGAACUAUGUUGAUAUCAUGAAAGAAAAAAUGUCCUCGCCAGAUUUGAACACGAUUCUCGAUGAGCAACAUGGCGUCGCUGAGAUCCAGGCCAGGACAUCUGUCCGUGAGGCCUCUAGGGUGAUGAAGCAGUGGCAUACGACGGCCAGUCUUAUUAUGGAGGAUGGGCGUAUCACUGGAAUCUUUACAACCAAGGAUAUUGUCGUAAGAGUGUUGGCGGCUGGAUUGGAACCUGACAGGACCUCGGUGAUCAGAGUCAUGACACCUCAUCCAGAUACUGUGCGGUCAACCAUGACGAUCCUGGAUGCCUUGAAGAAGAUGCACGAUAACCGCUACCUCCAUCUCCCUGUUGUGGAUGAUCACGGCCAGAUGGCUGGGCUUGUCGAUGUGCUGCAGGUUUCGUUUGCGAUGCUGAACCAGAUGAACUCGAUUCAGGGCGACGGCGUUGCGUCUGAAGGACAGGGACCCGUUUGGAACAAAUUCUGGGAGUCGACAUUCGCGAGGGAUGAGACUGGAUCUGAAAUCUCAGAUGUGCGAUCGGGCUUUAUUCCGCCACUCUCGGACACGAACUACGGCGGUGGAAGUGUGAUGGACUCGUCUAUACGACUCGAGUCGCCGGUGAUGCCUCUUGGUGGACUGGAAGAGGUCGGAUCCGAAUUUACGUUCAAGUUCAAGGAGAGCAGUGGACAGGUGCAUCGAUUCGGAUCCAGCACACGCUCGUUCGCAGAGCUGCGUGACAAGAUUGUGGAGAAGAUGGGAGGAAUAGAGCCCGACAUGGAGGUGGUGCUGAGCUAUUGCGAUGAGGAGAAUGACCAGGUGCUGAUCCUGCAGGAUGCAGAUAUUGCGGAGGCAGUGCAGAUGGCGUACAGGAACCAGUGGCCAUUGAUCCGGCUCUCAGUGACGGUGUCGUCCAAGGGACAGAAGAAGGCUGGAGGGGCUGAGGCCGCCGCUGCCCCUAUCAUCACCCCUACCACCGCCCCUACCACCACCACUAUCAGUAGCGGCAGCAGCAGUAGCAGCAACGCCCAGGGUGCAGGACCAGCAGCUGGCCUGAAUCCUAUUGUGGUCUCUGGCGCCAUUGGCCUUGGUGUGGGCGUCAUUCUUGCUCUUGCGUUUGGGUUUAUGAGAAAGUAGAAAGUACGCAGCGAGGGACCUUCCCUUCCUGUCCCUUAAAUCCUCCUCGAUAGCCAUUACUUCCAAGCUUCAUUCAUGCGGACAGCACUGGCCUCAGCUCAGUAAUAAGGUUUUCUUUGAAACCUUCUUCGCCUCCCACUCCCUCGCGCUUUCUCUUCUCUGCCCUCAUUCCGUUUUUUUUCUUCUCAUCAUCAUUCUGCUUCCUUCAUCACUGCACCCCUCCCCUUGCACUGCUCGGGAACAUACGACCCGCCCUUUUUUUUUAUUUCACGACAGAUAUUGAAAUAAAUAUAUUAGAGAC